AUGGGGCACGUCUGGGCGUCGUGGGCAUUGCUGCUGGGUGUUGGAGCUGCUGACUGGAUCGCUUGGAAGGGGAAUGAGAGCCAAGGCGCGCCCUCCACGGGCGCCUGGCGCCGCGUGCCGCGCUCCGAGCGCUUCGAGGCGUUCGCCUGGGAGGGCCCCAACCCCAAACAGGCCGUGAACGGCUAUCGCUACUUCUUCAAAGAUGCCACGAAGUACACCCUGGGCAAUGCGACGAAUGCCACCGAGUUGGUGGUUUGGCAGCCCUUUCCCGAGGACGACCCGGACAGUGCGGUUGGCGCGAACAUCCGCGCGGCGUUGUUUAAUUUAUACCACGAGCAGCUGGACAAGUUCAAGGUGACGCUUCACAACGUGGGCUGGGACGGCGUGGCCAAGAAUUCCAUCUGCACGUCCAACGCGCCGUGCCCGAACGUGAUCCUGUUGGGCUCCAGUCAGCUCUCUGAGCGCGUGGUCGCCGACCGCGUGAAGCCCUUGAACCAUUUCAUGGAAGAGUACCUGAGGGCCAACCUCGCGCGGAUGCAAGACGACUUUCCGGGAGUGUCCUACUACCAGUACUUCUAUGAAGCGAAAUGGAUGGGCAUCCCUUUCCUGUCCGACGUGAGGCUGAUUGCCUUCAACAAGACCACCCUGUUCAAUCUGAACAUCUCAUUUCCACCUCCCUACAACACGCGGCGCCAGGAGUGGACGUGGCAAGACUUGUUGGACGAUGCCUGCGAGGCCACCGAGCGCCUGAACGGCACCGCAGGCUUGUUGGCCAACUCCGACUUCGACGAAGACUUCAAGUUCUUCACGCUCAUGGUCCAGUCGGGCGGCGGUUCGCUGUAUCAGCAAGAAGGUGAAGGCGACGAUCAAAGCUUGAGGUGCAGCAUCAACAGCCCCGUGGGAGUCAACGUCUUGAAGAACUUCUGGAAGCCCAUCAUCACUCGAAAGUGCAUGAUGGGCCACAACGGUGGACCCUUCUGGGCAGGCGUCUCCCCUCCGAGCGAGGCACUGAAGGACUUACUGCAGAUGAAGUCCCUCAACGUGGUCCAUCCACCGAACAUGACCAGCUUCUCCAACUACAUUUACACGGACCCCAAUCGGCCACAGGGGCACAUCGACGCCUACGUCUGGUCUUCCGGCUUCGAUGAGCGCGUGACAGUGGGCGACUGCCGAAAGCAGUGGUGGCCAAUAUCUUAUUCCAAAUGGUCUCCGCAUUGCAAACUAGGUCGAGCGCAGAUGCCGAUGGGCAAUUUGAGUGAAUGCAAACAGGCGAUGUUGGAGUAUGAGAUGGAUACCUUGAUCUUCGAGGGGGGCACCUGCGAGCUCUUGACGUGCCCCACGCAGGAGGCCACGGUGUCGCUGCUGCCGGGCACCGCGUUGGCGGUGAAGGCAUCCAAGAGGCAGGUCUUCUCAACGUGGUGUACGGAGGUCUUGUACGCGACUAUGCCUGAGAACCACACCUUCCUGGGCGGCUCUGGUUUGAUCAUACCUAAGAAGGCAGGAGACCGGCAUAACUGCCACAGUCUCGACGUGACAGAGGACGAGAUCUGCCUGCGCGAGAAGGAGGGCUGGAAAAUGAUCUUGGAGCUCAGCGACACGGACAAGCCCUUCAUGAAGCAAGCCAAUCUGCUGAAGCAACAGAGUGUGCCCCCGCCGCGGCGCAGCCUGGCUGAAGCGAUCCAGGCGCAAAGCAAAUUGUGGUACCCUGUGGUGACCGCCAUGAAGAAUGGCAUCCCUUCGCAGUAUCCCAACACGCCCAUCCCAGAGAGUGCGGACAUCGAGGAGAUGAAGCCGGUGCGCUUGGCCAUGCUGGAGACGAUCUACGGAAAUGUGCCGGAGGAGACCUCGCUGGGCCGCGCCUGCGAAAUCUUGGAUGAGCUGGUGAGGCCUUGCAACGCCUCCAGGUGGGAGACCGACGUGCGCUGCCUGAACCCCAUCGACGGCCUGGCCGGCUGCGAGGCUGGGAGCCAUUUGGAGUCGGAUCAGUUGGGCAUCAUCCGGUGUCGACCCUGUGAGAGCGGCACCUACCUGCCAGACCGCUCCGUCGACCAGACCUGUGAGCUGUGCCCUGUGGGGCGCUACGCGGCGAAGCGCGGCAGUGGCAACUGCAGCGUGUGUCCAUUGGGCUUGGUGGCACAAAGCCCAGGUCAGGCUGCCUGCUUCAAUUGCUCGGCAGGACAGAUGCCGGAGAGCAGUGCCCGCUGUCGAGAGUGUCCCAAAGGCACCUACCAGGAGGGCUUCCAAUGUGUGGACUGCCCCUUGGGCUACACAUCGCCCAUGACCUCGCCCAAUGAGAACUACUGCUUCCAGAAGGCCAGCUUGAUCUGGUUGAACUUCUUACUUGUCUUGGACGUGUGCGCGCUGCUCCUCUUGUUGCCCUCCUUCUUUGGCAAGCCCGUGGCUGUUCACGACAUCUACUUGGAUGAAGGCAAACUGGUUUUGAAGACCUGGGGAAGUCAUCAGGUGCAUCGCUGGGCGCCGUUGCCGGUGAAGAUCCGUUUGACCCAUACGCAUCACUACCUCUUGGAGGAGAAGAACGUCUUCCGCGUGAAGUGGCGGGAUCCGGACGAGCUCUACUUAUUGCAGGAUCAAGGGGAGCACAUCAGCAAGGACAUCAAUACCUCCAGGGGGCAUAUGUGGAUCUUGCCCAGAUGUUCCCUCUGGGCCAGUGCCACCUGUGGAAUUCCUUCGCUCAUCGUCCUGGUCUUUCUCCUGGUGAUCCUGGCCUUGUGCCUCUACUGGGCCAUCCUCAACGGCAUCGGAGAGGCCAAGCACUUGCCUUGGUCGUUGAGCAUCGCCUUGUUGGGCGCGCUGGGCGUGCUGGUGGUCCACUACUGGGUCUGGCGCAACCAGGUGCUGAGCACGCCGCUGCGGCGUCGACAGGGGAGCUUCAAGCAACGACUCCUCAAGGCCAACCCCAAUCCGCAGCCCACGGAGCGAGGUCCCGACCGCGCGAUCACCGCGGAGCAGAUCGGCGAUCUCUUUGAGUACUUUCGGGACUUCAUCCGCCGCCGCGACAUGCACUAUGUCACCAACAACCUGGUUUUGCCCUUCACCAAGCCCUACCGCCUCUCCUAUGCUGAAGUCGCUGGCCCCUCGCGGGCCUCCUGGUUCGUGUCCCACUGCUGGAGCAACACCUUCGAGGACUUCUUCCACAGCUUGCGGAACAUGGCGCAGGGCAAGGCGUGCUGUGAGUGGCGGAAAGUCACGUUUUGGAUUUGUUCUUUCAGCAACAACCAGUUCAAAGUCCAGGAGGAGCUCGGGGAUGGGGACCCGCUGAAGAGUUCCUUCUACUUGGCGCUGCAGAGUCCCGAGUGCCACGGCACCGCGAUGGUACUGGACAACGAUUGCGUGCCGCUGCAGCGCUCUUGGUGCUUGUUCGAGCUCCUCCAGACGCGUUACGUGGCGCCAAGGCUCAAGAGCGGCUACGAGGGGUUGCUGCUCUGCACACCCAGCGGGGUGCUCCAGUGGGGCAAUGCCCAUGUGGACACCGUGGUGCGCUUGGCCGAGAAGGUCGGCGAGAUUCGUUUGGAAAAUGCCGAAGCCUCGCGCGUGGAGGACAAGAUCAUGAUCGACGCGUGUGUGAUUGAGACGGUCCCGGGUGGCUUUGCAGAGGUGAACAAGUUCGCCAAAGAGUGCAUUAAGACGGUGCUGGAUGCAGCGAACGGCUCCUUCCAGGUGCGAGUGCAGGAACUUAUGCAGCGCCUGGAUCGCGAGGGGUCGCCCGUCGCCCCGCGGCUGCUGGGGCGGAGCACCUUCCGCUCGCAGCAGCACUAUACAGGCGUGAUGAAAACACAGCAGGACUUGCAAGAUCAUCUCUGA